UCACCGGGAGCUUGGCCCUGGGGACAAAUCAGGGACCUCUUUCUCAAGGUUGCCACCAGGCGAGCUGCUGCCCUGCCCUGCUGCCGUCUCUCCUGCCUUACCCACUCCCUCCCGGCCCACGUUUGCCCGUGGAAAACAGCCCCAGGCGCCUCCCCGCGCCUCCAUCUUCCACACGGGAAGGGAGAAUAACAAAUCCGGCCCCGCCAGGCUGGGAGCGAAGCUUCGCCUCCCCCCCGUCAGAGCGCCCGGAGAAGAGGCAGCAGGAUGGCCGACCCAGACACCCACCUCCGGCAGCCCUGGCGCAUGGUGCAUGGCAUCCCCAUGGUCAACGCCUUCACCCACAACUGGGACAAGGUUGACAUGUUCCAGAGCCACCCCGAGGACACCGUGGUGGCCAGCUUCCCCAAAUCUGGCACCACCUGGGUCAGUGAGAUUGUGGACAUGAUCCUGAAAGGCUGUGACCCUGAAAAGUGCAAGCAGGAUGCCAUCAGCAACCGGGUGCCCAUGCUGGAGUUUGCCGCCCCUGGGAGCAUGGUGCCAGGCACGGAGCAGCUGGAGGCCAUGGCACCCCCUCGCAUCAUCAAGACCCACAUCCCAGCUCAUAUCUUGCCCAAAUCCUUCUGGGAAAACCACUGCAAGAUACUCUAUGUGGCACGCAAUGCCAAGGAUGUGGCCGUUUCCUUCUACCACUUUGACCUGAUGAACAAGUUACACCCGCACCCUGGGACAUGGGCCCAGUACCUGGAGGAGUUUAUGGCCGGCAGAGUGGCAUAUGGCUCCUGGUACAACCACGUCAAGGGCUACUGGGAGAGGAGGAAGGAUCACCCCAUCCUUUACCUCUUCUACGAGGACUUGAAGGAGGAUCUCCGCCGGGAGGUUGCCAAGGUGGCCCAGUUCCUGGGACAGGAGCUGCCAGAGGCGGCCCUGGACACCAUCACCCGACACACCUCCUUCGAGACCAUGCGGGACAACCCCACCACCAACUACAGCAUGGUGCCCUCCCAGGUCAUGGACCACAGCGCCUCCCCUUUCAUGCGCAAAGGCAUCACUGGAGACUGGAAGAAUCACUUCACCGUGGCCCAGAACGAGCGCUUUGACCAGGACUACGCACGGAAGAUGUCGGACACCGACCUGCGCUUCCGCACCCAGAUCUGAGACUCCCUGGUUUAUAUCCUCCCCAUCCAACCCACCAUUCCCGGUCCCGGCACUGCCCACAGGCCUCCCUCCUCCUUGUGCCACAGGGAAUUUUGCAGAAAUAAAGUUUUAUCUCUGCAUCUUCCUCCCA